AUGGAGCUUAGGUAUCGGAAUCAAACUGGUGUGGAGAUCAGACCGGUGGAUUGGGGAGGUCUUGGGGGCGUGGAAUCCUUAGAUCCCAGUCUGCCGCAGAUCACCCCAGUGUACAAGUCACUCACAGAGGGGCUGAAGAAGGCGGGGUACAAGGAGAGGGUGGAUCUCUUCGGCGCCCCAUAUGACUUCCGCCUUGCUGCUGAUGGCCUUGAGCAGAUCGGCUUCUUCCAAAAUUUGACUCAGCUGGUGGAGCACGCUGUGGCUAGCAAUGAAGGCCAUCCAGCCACUAUAGUGGCGCACUCCCUUGGGUGCCUUGUCUCUCUCAGCUUCCUGACUGGCAAGCCAGCCGGCUGGCUGACCAAGCAUGUCAGCAGUCUGGUGGCGAUCUCUGCUCCUUGGGCUGGCUCAGUGACAGCCUUAAAAGGCUCAAUCAGCGGGGAUAAUUUUGAUAUUUCUAUUAUUCCCCACGGGCUGCUGCGGCCUGUCCAGUCAACCGCCCCCAGUGGGCCUUGGCUGUUCCCAUCUCCAGACCAAUGGGGAGACACGGUCCUGGUGCAGACUGGCAGGAAAAACUACACAGCAAAGGAUGCACUUCAGCUGUUGAAGGAUCUGGAGCUUACACAGCAGGCGGCGGUGUACCCAGUAGUGCACAACCUGACCUAUCCACUGCCUAAAGUGGACUUCAAGAUCCACUGCAUGUAUGGCUUGGGCAAGGACACAGAUGAGGGCUACAUGUAUGAUGUGGAUGCAUUUGACUCGUCAGCACCCAAUGCACCCAAAAAGAUAUUCCAUGGGGAGGGCGAUGGCACUGUCAACAAGCGAUCUCUAGAGGCCUGCAAAGGGCUGGGAGACAAUGUGACCCUCAAAUCCUUCGGCAAUGCCAGUCAUACCGGCAUUUUGGCUGACAAGAGGCUGCUCAGUGAAGUGGCCAGGAUAGCCACAGGGGGCAGAAAGAGCGGUCCUUGGAUAGACAUUGGCAUAUUGCUCCAGCAGGCCUGACAGAUGUCCUGUACUUUCUUAUCGAUCCUGGAUCAGGGUGCCUUAUUGUGCCUUUCCAAACUCUCUGUCUAGAAUUGGAGAUAAAACGCAUGUUAGAAGCAGUGUAGGAACAAGCAGUGAAGGAUGAAAUCAAUGGCUAAUUAGAUAGAGCCUGCUGUAUGAGUUGUAGUUGAUCAAUUCUGAACGUCUCUGGCAAGUGUGAAUUUGAAUUUAACUGUGCUGG